AAUAUGUUAAAUUAAUUUACAUUAUAUGUAAAUAUUAAGAUUAUAUAACACUAUUUCGAGUAGUAUUUAUUAAAUUUUGUAUAAAGAAACCUCUUUUUAAUACAUCUUCCAUAUUACUGUUAUAAAACGAUUUGGUUAGUGCUUUAAAGAUUAUAUUUAAAACUUUGGAACAAUGUCAUGGAUAAGAGAUAAUGCUUUAAAUUGGUUUCAACGUUUGGCUAUAAGAAUUUUAAGAACUGGGCAUAUUCCUAAACAUGUAGCAUUUAUAAUGGAUGGUAAUAGACGUUAUGCAAGUAAAACUGGAAUAGAAAAGAUAGAAGGACAUACUAAAGGAUUUGAUAAGUUUGCUGAAACUUUACAAUGGUGUACAGAUCUUGGCAUACAAGAAGUAACAUUUUAUGCAUUUAGUAUUGAAAAUUUUAAAAGAAAACAAGAAGAAGUAAAUGGACUUUUAAAUCUUGCAGAACAAAAGUUUCAAAGAUUAUUAGAUGAAAAGGACAAAAUACGUAAACAUGGAUUGUGUGUCCGUAUAAUAGGUAAUUUGUCAUUACUACCUCAAAAUAUACAAGAACUAAUUGCAGAGACUAUGAUUCUUACUAAAGAACAUAAUAAAGGAUUUCUUAAUAUUGCAUUUGCAUACACAUCGAGAGAUGAAAUUACACGUGCUAUUAAAGAUGUAAUUGAAGGUGUUCAAAAUGGAGAUAUUCUUUCUGAAGAUAUUGAUGAAAACUUGAUUUUUAACUGUUUAUAUACUAAUUAUUCACCAAAUCCAGAUUUAUUAAUUCGUACUUCUGGAGAAGUCAGAUUUAGUGAUUUUCUCAUGUGGCAAAUAUCAAAUACAUGUAUUUAUUUUACUAACGUCUUAUGGCCAGAAUUCAAUUUGUGGGAACUUCUUAACGCAAUAUUUUAUUACCAAAGAUGUUACUCUGAUAUACAAAAAGUAAUGAAAUUACAAAAUGUGAAACAAAUAAUGCAGAAUAGCAGACAAUCAACAUAUAUAGAUAAAUUACUUCAUAAAAGACAAAUAACACUUGAGAGAAUAUAUUUGUCAAACAUUUAAAUAAUAUAUGUAUCAACAAGUUUUCUUAAGAUUAAUUAUAAGUGUUAAACCAAACUGAAUUAUCCAAAAUUGUAUGUAAACAUAAUUCUUUCUAGAAAUUUACAUUUAUGUAUAUAUUUCAAAAAUAUUUUUAUACAUUUCCUUUUAAAUGUUAUAAUAUUAUUCAAAUAUGUAUAAGUAUUGAAAAUCUAUAGGUCUAUCUAUAUUCUAUUCUUAUAUAAAAAAAAAAUCUAUUAUAUAUAUUUUUUCAUACUGAGUAGUUUCUUUUAAAAAAUGAAUAUGAUGUACAUAAUGAUAAAAACAUGAAACAAAAAUAGAAUGUUAUGCAUAUACAUAAAUUUAUUCUCUUAUAUAUUAUUCUUUUAUAUUUUAUUAUUUUACAAAUUUUGUAUAUAUUUAUAUUGUAUCUAUAUACAGAACACGCACACAUUCACUCACAUAUAUAUAUAUAUUUAUAAAAUUUGUAAUUAAGAUAUUUUCCUGAAUACCUUAUAUAUCAAAUCUGCUGCAGUAUUGGCUUAAUUUUGACUUUUUCCACUGUUCUUAAAUACAUUUAUCUUUAUAAAUUAAUAAAAAUCUUUUUAUAUUUUAAAAUAUUAAAAAUCAAAUACUGCUGAAAACAUAAUAAAGUAUACAUUUACUAAACACAUAUAAUGUAUCACAUAGAUAUGACGAGGCACAUUAUACAUAUAAAUUUUCUGAAAUACAAAGUUACAUAUUA